CCCAGUGUUGAAGAUAGUUUUGCUUAAUUAGUUUUCUAUAAUCGUGAUCGUCGUGGAAAUUAUAUGAUAAGCUUCAUGGAUUCUCCUUUAACGACUACUUAAUUACAAUUUUCAGUUAUUUAUUCACUAUUUAUAAAUAAAGUAGGAUUGAAGUAGAGUCCACACUCAUUCCUUGACAAAACCGCCAAAUUCUUGCCAACAUUAAAAAUCCCUAGGUUCUAGGGAAUUUAUGAGUUCAUGAAAAUCCCCAGGGAAUGGUCGUCCCGCCCAAACCCCGCGCUUGCGUUCGAUUGCAUCUCCCACGGAUUUUGCGAAUAUUCAAAUUUUGUACAAAUUCGCCGAGUUCUUAAGUUAGUUUCGUCUUAAAUGUUCAUUACCAAAUGCCUAACGGACUUUAUGUGACCUGUAGAAAUGCCUCCUGCUGCGUUGAAUGUCAAACGCCAACUGACUGCGACUAUUAAAAAAUUUAAGUUCGAGGAGCUCGAGGACUCGGUGCUGCCCCAUUUCCCGGAGAUUUCCUGGAAUGAUGUCAGAAAGAGGCUCAUCAGGAAUCAUGACAACUUCACGACAGCUUCUGCAUUCAGAAUCAUCGAGCAAACCAUCAGGAAACACAACAUCGAUGACAAGGAGCUCAAGGAGAGACUGGCUGUCCUGGAAGUGAUCGACAUAAGCAGACACCACAGGAAAAAGAUUUGGUAUGGCUACGAGCUCCUGGGGACCACAACCUCCCAGAAAUUAAUUCCCAAUCGAGAAAUGCAGGACAGAAUGGCUCAGGCGUUUCAACUACUCCAGAUAGAUAUGGCGAUCAACAUCGUCACGCACCAGGGGAUAACCUUCGUCUCCAUGUCACAGAGGAAGAGGUCCAAGAGGCUUCUGCCAGUGUACUUCGCCCUCUUCCUGAGACACGGUCACUUCUUCUGCGCGAAGAAGGGUGCAACGAAGGAAUUUUUACAGGCGAUCGUCGAGGGACUGGGGUACGAGACCUGUAAGAAACUCAAGCUUAUGGGAAGGGACUUGAAAUCUCUCAGUAAAAUGCUGGAGUUGAAGAAACAGGGAGUUGUGCAGUUUAGAAAUUUGUGCAAUUCACCGAUUUAUGGAGACUCCGAACCCAUUGCCAAAUCUACAGGAACAGAUUUUAGACAGCACAAACAGAGAAGAGAGUACAUAAGCAAAUGUUUUGGUAACGAACCCCCUACGAUCGACGUUUUGGAAAUCACCGGAACAGAAGUAUCCUGGAUUGACAGAGAAAUAGCUGCCGCCCUUCCAGACGAGAAAAUUAAAAUAGCAUGGGAUUUCAAGAGCCAUGACGUGGCUGGCAGCCUGCUCAGAUUGUACGAGAAAAGGAUAUUCGUUAGUCCACUGCCCAACUACGUCACCAAGCUCAUGGUGACUGGAAAAAAUCAAUUAACAGUGAAGCUUUAAUCCAAGUAGCACUCACGUGAUAUGAUUUUGAAAAAAAACCAGCCUCAACACUUUCUGAUUAUUAUAUCUGACGAACUGUGAGAGAGUCUCCCAGUGAUAUACGUGAAUAAUUGAUUUUUCAAUUGUAAUAAUAAUCAUAAUGACCAAUUGUAGAGAAAUGCAGAGUGGAUUUAUUUAAUCUGUAAAUGUAUUUGGAGAUGUUGACUGUUGAUUUAGGAAUGUUUUUAUGAAAUAAAUUGCAUUAAUUAAUAAAAA